GAAGCAGCCAUGGCACAGCAUAACCGAAAGCAAGGAAGAAAACCCACCACAUGGCUCAACGCAGCGUCUUCCCAACGGCAGCUACCUCAUCUUCCUCGGGACUCAACCGCAUAUACCUUGCCAGCUAUCUAGAAAAACAAACCCAACAAUGGUGAUGGCGGCGGCCCUCCUCCUCAUCUUCCAGAACCAGAAGAAUGUUCGUCAGCACCUGGCCGGUGUGAGAGGAUGAGGCACCUACGCUACGCCCUACCCGUCACCUGGCACUUGGCCGCCAUCCGCUGCUCGCUAGCUCGUCGUCGUCGUCGUCGUAGCUCGUAGGCUCUUCUGCUAGCUGCUCUCCGCUAGCUGUGUCUCCCACGUGCGCGUGCGCUGCGUCCGACUGACACGUCGCUCCAGGCCCAGGGCAGCAUAGCAUGGCGAGCGCGCGGCCGCCGCAGGCGCAGGCGCAGCGCACGAUGUGGUGCGGCGGCUGCGGCGCGUACCUGUCCGUGGCGCCCGGGGCGCGCUCCGUGCGGUGCGGGCUCUGCCACACCGUCACGCGCGUCGAGCGCCGCCGCCCGCACGGCCUGCACCACGCCACCGUGGGCUUCAUCAAGGGCCUCAUCAACGCCUUCACGUCGCCGCAGCCGGCGUCGGGGUCGCCGCGGGCGGCGCUCCAGGAGCAGGUGCCGGCUGCGAGGAGUGCGAGCUUCCCGCGCGUCCGCGGCUGCAAGAAGCGCGCGCUCCUGGUGGGGAUCAGCUACGCCGCCACCAAGUACGAGCUCCGGGGCGCCGUCAACGACGUCAACUGCAUGAGCUACCUCCUCCGCGAGCGCUUCGGCUUCCCGGCCGACUGCAUCCUCGUGCUCACACAGGAGGACAAGGACGCUGCACGGGUGCCGACGCGAGCGAACCUGAUGCGCGCGCUGCGGUGGCUGGUGGACGGCACCAGCGCCGGGGACUCGCUGGUGUUCCACUUCUCGGGCCACGGCGUGCAGAAGCUGGACAGGGACGGCGACGAGGCGGACGGGUACGACGAGGCGCUGUGCCCGGUGGACUUCGAGGACCCGCGCGGCGGCGGCGGGGUGAUCCUGGACGACGAGAUCAACGCCACCAUCGUGCGGCCGCUGGGGAAAGGCGUGAAGCUGCACGCCAUCGUGGACACCUGCCACAGCGGCACCAUCCUCGACCUCCCCUACCUCUGCCGCCUGUCGAGGACCGGGUACUGGCAGUGGGAGAACCAGCAGACGACCCGGCUCUCCUCCUCCUCCGGCGGCGGCGGCGAGACCGCCACCAGCAAGUGCACCAGCGGCGGACUCGCCAUCUCCAUCAGCGGCUGCGGCGACAGCCAGACGUCGCAGGACACCACGGCCUUCUCCGGGUCCGCUUCCACGGGCGCCAUGACGUACAGCUUCAUCAAGGCGGUGGAGUCGGAGCCGGGCACCACCUACGGCCGCCUGCUGACGGCGAUGAGGGCCACCAUCCGCGACAACGGCGGGGAGUUCGGCAUACCGGGCCCCAUCGGCACCUUCUUCCGCCGGGUCAUCACAUUCAGCUGCGCGCAGGAGCCCCAGCUGUGCGCUUCAGAAACGUUCGACAUCUACAGGAAACCCUUUCUAUUGUGACUCCUUUCCUUCAUACAGUAUUUAUGAGAUUAGCUCUGCACGGUAUAUAUACAUACGAACACGGUGUGUUCUUUUGUCUCCUUUAUACUA